ACCUACACAAAGUAUGAUGAUUAUAUAAAUACAAGCGCUUAUGAAAUUUAACUAAACCAAAGGGAGAGUGAAAGAAUUAUAAGCACACCUAAUAAGAAAAAGGGUUUGUGCUAUUAAUUAAUCUUUCAUUCUCUCUUGUUGGAAUAAGAUACAAUUGAAGUAUGACAUAUAUGAAACCUGUGAUACUAAUGGUGCUAAGUCAAUUAGCAUCUGGAAGUGUAAACAUAUUCUACAAAAUUGCUGUUGCUGAUGGAAUGAAAGUCCAAAUUAUGGUCUUCUACAGAUUGGUUUUUGCCACUGCUUUCAUGGUUCCUCUUGCUUUCAUUAUGGAAAGAAAAAGAAGACCCACAUUUAGCUGGACGAUACUCUUCCAAGGGGUCAUCAACGGAUUAUUGGGGGCAGCACUUGGAAGCAAUUUAUAUGCGGAGAGUUUAAAUUUCACAACAGCAACAAUUUCAUCAGCCAUGUCUAACCUCACUCCUGCAGUAACAUUAAUUUUUGCUGUAAUUAUGGGGAUGGAAAGAUUGGACAUCCAUAGAGUAGCAGGAAAAGCCAAGUUGGUAGGAACUGUAUUGGGCAUUGGGGGAGCACUGGUUCUGAGCCUUUAUAAAGGAAUGAAGAUCAAUUUAUGGUCUAUCAAUAUCCAUUGUCUUCACAGUGAUAAUGCCACAGCAACAACAGCAGCACAGACCCAUAGCAAUCUUUUGGGCUCAAUACUUGCAUUUUUAAGUUGUGCUUCUUAUGCAGCUUGGUUGGUCUUUCAGGGUAAGAUGAGGCAGAGAUACCCCAUGUACUCAAGCACUGCUUUAAUGUGUUUUUGUGGGGCAAUCCAGGCAGGCAUCUAUGCUUUUAUAAGGGAAAGGCAUCCAUCUGCCUGGAAACUUGGCUGGAACAUCAGACUAUUCACUCCUGCUUAUGCUGGCAUUCUUUCUUCGGGAUUAGGAGUAACCAUAAUAGCAUGGUGCACAAAACUAAAAGGGCCUCUCUACGUCUCGUCGUUCUACCCGUUGGCACUUAUCUUUGUAGCCAUAGUUGGUACGAUUGUCCUUCACGAGGAGCUGCACGUUGGAAGCAUAAUAGGAUCGAUACUCAUCGUUAUUGGCUUAUACGUUGUGAUAUGGGGAAAAGCCAAAGAGAAGAGAGCAGAAGAAACUGAAGCUUUAAAAAGUAACAACAAUGGAAUCAUUGAGAUCAUCUCAUUUGCUGGUGUAAAUCAGGCUACUGCUGCAAUAGUUCCAGAAUUCAAAACUGAUGAUCAGAUUGUUGCGACAACAGCUGCAGCUCUUCAGGAAGCAUAACCGGAAAAUC